UGUGAUGUAGGUCACGUGCUGCUGCUAGUAAUCGUGCUGGGUGAUGUGGGUGAAAACAUAUACAUUUCCUACGGAAGAGUUAGAAUUCAAGUGAACCUUGUAUGACAGUCUGUCAGCAUGUGCGCUGUCUGGUUCAAACUCGUAACCAUCCUUUGUCUCUCCAGCACAGCGCUGACUGGCCCAGAGAGCGGUGGAGUGGUGUGGAGAGAUUUUGGAGGAUCUGUCACUAUCCAGUGCAGAUCUCCUGAUCCAGACCAAGAGUUCCUGACUCUGAAGAGAGGCCUCGGGGAAGACCAUGUUUUGGUCAUAGAGAACGACACAUCAAAAAACACCAUUUCUAAAGAAUUCACGGGCAGACUUCAGCUACACGGAGUAUUCCCCAGCGUGGACAUUCUCAUCAGAAACCUGACCUCAGGUGACACGGGGCCGUACUGGUGCUUUUACUCAAAGUUUGACCUCAAGUCCAGUCAAUCCGUAAGCAAGAAAGGCAGCGGAUCAGUGCUCCUGGUGGUGGCGGACACGGUGAAGAAGUGUGAGCCAGAGAAACAGAACCUGGUCCUGGUGUCUGUUGUGAUCUCUGCCGCUGUGCUGCUUGGCAUCAUCAUGGGCUUCCUCAUAUGGAUCAUCCUCAAGACAAAGACUCUGCGCAGCACAGUGAAAAAAAGGCACGUCACCAGCAAUGAUGUUUACGAGGACAUGCGUGGAACACUCAGGCGCUAAAAAUGUCAUCCUGCAAGUAACCGACCUGAAACUCCAUCUCUGCACUGCUGAGGUGCAAGUGAUGCAUGUGAAGCAAUGUAGCAACUCAGCAUGUUCUCCGCCAUCUCUUCAGGCCUUGUGCGUGUCUGAGUGUACUCAGUGAAAGACAUCUGAGGCAAUGUAUUACUGAACAACGUGGGGACAACUGCACUUUCCGACAACAGUUUGGCACAAUGUAUAAAAAUACAUAACACAGCUCCAAAUGAAAGUAAAGAAGCACAAAAUGUCAGUUUGUCUUGUGUUUAAGUGGCAAAACAACCUGAACUGCACCCUGACAUGUCCUUGUCAUGAGAGUCUGAUAUGCAUGUUUAAUGUAAAUAUGUCUUUUUUAAUUUCAGUAAUUUCUUAUUUUUAUAGAUGACUUGUUGUAUUACUAAAGGCAGGAUUAAUUUGAAUAUAAUAAAAGAUAGAUACUGUGUAUUGUAACAAUGAUAACUGUAAUUUGCUGUCUACAUAAAUAAAAUAAAUUUUUGCGAAA